AUGACAUUCUAUUACUAUAUUGCACAUUUAGUAAGGUUACUUAUACUUCUUAACAUCAUUUUAGAAGGUAAAGCACAGAAUGUUCUAGACACUGUUGACGUCCCGAUAAAGUUUUCGGGAAGUGAUUUCUACUUUAUUUCUGGAGAGUCUAACUCAAAUGAAAAUGAAAAAGUGGACAUAAAAUUGUACUACGAAUGCCUAUGUCCCUACUGUAUAGCAUUCUACAAGAAUGAAUUUAGAGAAACUGUAGAGAAACUAAGCCAGUACUUAAACAUCCACACUUACCCUUAUGGAAAUGCAAAGACUAUUAUAAAGAACGAAAAUAUAACAUUCAUAUGCCAGCAUGGACGUGCCGAGUGCUACGGCAACAAGCUGCACGCUUGCACAAUUGACAACUUUCAGAACAUUACAAAAGCCAUUAUUUUUAACGCAUGUAUGAUGGAUGAAAAUCGUGGCUCCGAUGACACUGCUGCUGAUAAGUGCGCGUUACUUAUGAACUUGGAUUCCAGACCUAUAAAAGAAUGUGCCAAAGGAAUCCGAGGUACAGAGCUUCUACAGUACAAUGGCGAAGAAAGUAAGAAAGUUGGCUUCCAUUUCGUGCCAUACAUUCUUAUUAAUGACCAAUUAUCAAAAGCAGACAAUUUCAUGGAAAAUGUUUGCUCGGCGUUCACGGUUCUACCACCACCCUGUGUUGAUUUUUUAAGGCUUUAUAAG